AUGAGGCUGCCCUUUCUCCACCGCUCCACCCCUCCUUCCGACGAAAAGCCCUCGGAUCCGGUCAUAGCUGUCGCGGAGGGGCACGAUUCGAUCCGGUUGCAUGUGCACAACCGUACGCGCACCGACUUUCUCGCGCACUCGGUGUUCGGUGCGCUCCAUACGGCGCCUGCCACGCAGCGAGUGGUGUCGUCCAGUCUGCCUGCGUCGCCGAACCCGGACAGUGGGGGGUUUAGUGUGCGCAGUACGCCGUUAAGGCUAGGGGCGGGUGGGCAGGUGCAAGUACCGCCCGUGAGGAUUCAGCCGCAAACCGCCGCUGCCACGGGAGGAUAUACGGUCAGCCUAACGCUCAGCCCACGCAACACCCCCGCGUACACAGCUACGCUUACGGCACCUGCACCGACGCUGCCAGCAGAGGGCAAGAGCGGAUGGAAACCCCUGCCACUAUCAUCUUCAGCGAGUGGAGGGUUGGGAAGCAAGGGGGAGGAGGUGUAUGCGUUGCAAUCGAGCGAUGCAGCGACGAAUACGGUGCACGUUCUGCUGCUUCCAAAGAUCGAUAUGGCCGCGUGGAUGGCAACGCUACCGGAUGGGGAUUUGGUGUCGGCCCUGUGUGUGCCCGGCACGCACGAGAGCUGUGCACUCUACGGAUGGCCCAUCUCGGCAUGCCAGGACUCGGCGGCAUCGAUAGGAUACCAGCUCUCGCGCGGGGUGCGGUUUCUCGACAUCCGUCUGGCGCUCAAAGGCAACCCCGGUGCGCAGGCGCUAUAUGCCUACCACGGCGUAACCGACCAAAAGAUCGAAUUCUCCGCCAUCCUUACGCAGGUCUACACGUUCCUCUCAACCUCCCCACGCGAGACGGUGCUGAUGUCGGUGAAGCAAGAGAACAAUAUGGCCGGGUUCUUGGAUGCGGUGUUUGGGUAUAUCAACAAGAACCCCGCGGCGUGGUAUUUGGGAACGGGCAUUCCGAGGCUGGGCGAUGUGAGAGGGAAAGUUGUGUUGGUCUCAAGGUUUGGGUCUUCGAAUCAGCAGCCGGGGGGGAUUCAUCCACCCAUUUGGCCAGACUCGUCUCCCACUGCUUUCAGCUACACACUGCCCGACGGUAGGACAGUCGUGACGCAGGAUUGGUAUAAUAUCGGAUCACUCUCUGCCAUCCCCACCAAACUCGGCCUCAUCACAGCACUCCUCACCCAAACAGGUGCCAACACCGAUGUGUUGGGGUUGAACUUUACGAAUGGAGCGAGCUUUCCCAUGGCCCUCCCGCCUUGGGUGGCCAAAGGAUCGGGCGACCAGUCGGCACAAACGGCGGGCUGGAUGUCGACACGCGGUGUAAAUGCUUUGCUCGUCGAUAUGUUGGCGGGUAAACUCGCCAACCCACAAGGCAAAAGGGCGGGGCUGAUGAACAUCUUUGCCCUCGACUUUUUCGACCAGCCCGGUCUCCCCGCCGACCUGGCCACACUCAUUGUGCAAGCCAACUUUAUCUAA